UAAUUUGUGUUAACUGUGUAACUGCUUUGGAAUUGGAAAUUCCGUUUUUUCUGAUUUUCAUUGUGUUUGCCUCCUUUUAAGUCUGUAAAUAGCUGUUUUAAAACAGCAGUUGGUCAUUUCAGAACCAGAUACUAAACUUCAGCUUCUGGAAAAUGAUAGAAAUUUUAAACACUUUACCACACUAAGGCACUGGUUUGAGGUACUCCUUUCUUUCUGGAAAAGUCAUUCUUCCCUUCAUGUUAUCUCUAGAAUGUCUCAUGUUAUUUAUCACUGUUGUGUUUUGAGAUUUCUAAUACUUCUAAUGCUUCAAAUUUAAAUUAUUGAUAAAAAAAGAACCAAGGCUUUCUGAGUUAUACGGCAGGGAUAUUAAAUAUCUCUAGCCUUUGUGAAUGCCAGUCAGUAAAACAGCACUGAUUCACAGUAAAUCAGUGAAUUUUGUAUGCAGCUGUGUUUAUUUAGUACUACUUUUUGUCUCUGUUACUUUUUGCCAAUUGAUGUAAUUCUUUAUAAAUUGAACUUAAUCCUUUCUCUUUUUUCUAGUACAGAGAAUAUUGGACGUGCACAAUGAAAAUCAUUAGGCAUAGAAAAAAAUGUGAAUGAACCAAUACUUUAUCUUGGUGAUCAUCACAGGUGGAGAGAUCACUGAUCUAGACCAAACUAGGCAAGCCAUUGUUAAUGCCUCUAAGCUGCCCAUGUCCAUUAUCAUUGUUGGCGUUGGUGAAGCCAAUUUUAAAGUAAUGGAGUUCCUUAAUGGAGACAGCAGUGUUCUGAAGCCUGUGACAGGAGAGCCAGCUGCAUGGGACUACAUGAUGUCCAAUUUGCCUUACCAACAGUUCAGAAAUGCUCCCCAGGAAGCACUUUCCCAGAUGGUUCUGGCUGAAGUGCCUAAGCCCCUAAUGUCAUACUAUGAAUGGCAGCAGUGGUCCCCCCUGAAACUUCCAGAAUUCAAGGCGACGUAGAUUCAGGCUAGCCGUGGUUACCUGUAGCACUGGGGUGAAGGAGAACUGCCUGCAGCCACACUCUCCCUUACACACUGUGGAUGCUCAGUGCCUUGAGAUUGCACCAGUCACACCACUUCUUUCACCUGCUUGCACUGAGCCUUUGAUCUUUCCUAUUUCUAUUGGAAGAAAUGUAAAUACAGAAAAGCCUCCAAGUACUGGAAGUUUUUGUUGUAGAAAGAUUGACCUUGUUGGUUUUCUGCCUUGCAACAGCGACACACUGUGACACAUCACAUCACACAGUUGAUUGACACAGCCCAUCUGCUGCUCGCUAUCAGUGUGGGCCUCUGAACUGAGCUGCUCUACUGCUGAGCCUGGCAAGAGAAGUGUUGCACCCGUGUUUGUUGUUAUGUCACUUACCAUGUGCUCCUUGACAGGUGUCUUUUAUAAAGCUGCCUUGAAAUGGAUGUGACCAAAGACUGUUGGUUGGAUGCCUGAGGUAGUUCCUGUUGUCUUCAUAAAGUGCCAGUAUAUUUUUUUUUAUGUUUCAGUGACCGUACCUUUCUGUGUUAUUUUUAAUCACAUUUUUCUAUUAGCAAAAUUUCUUUCUGUGAUCAACUCCAGCUUGAAGCCAUUGUUAUAGUUCAAGAAUGCUGCACUUUGCUUAUUUGUGGGGGUUAAAUGAGAAUCAUUAAUUAAUGGGAUUGGGGUGAGAUUAAUGAAUCACAUUAAUGUGACUUUAAAAAUCCUGCAGUUGGAAACAGUGAAAUGAAGGUACUUUGAAUUCUUUAUAUCACACAAGUUACAAAAUAAAGAAGUAACUUAUCUGUGGAACUCCAAGGAGGUGCCCCCUUAUCCUCAGUAGUGUGAAAUGUGCAUUACAUGAUCUGGGGACUGUAGAACAGGCACAUGAUAGCAAAGCACAAAUGUUUUGAGGAAGAUGGUUCAUUUGCAAGUAGACAUAAAGAAACUUUGGCUUGUCAUUGCACUACAAGUAUCAACACUUUCAGUUACUGAAAUAAAUAUUCUGCUUUGACUUA